AGCAAUGAGCGGACGAGGACUACUACCACUACAGAACCUCCAUCAGAUGGAUCCGUCCUAGCUAUUUCCUUGGCAAUAGGGAUCACAGUCUGUGUCGUCAUUGUGCUUACACUAAUUUUCUACCUACGGCGUAAAAGAAAUGGUCAACUCAACCCUGAUGCUGUCCAGAGACUACUUCCAGUUUCAGCAAGAAAUCUGGAUUGCAGUCGCCGAGACGACACCAUGCUGCAUAAUGCCUGUAGAAGAGGGACCCUUGCUCAAGUCAGACAAAUUGUAUCUCACGAACUGGUGGACAUAAACAGCAGAGGAAAGUGUGGCUGGACACCAGUCAUGAUAGCAGCUGAGGGGGGACGCCGAGAACUAGUUGACCUCCUUGUGAGAAGAGGGUGUGACCUGUCACUGACAGAUGAUGACGGUAACACUAUCCUUCACGUGGCUUCUAUCAAAGGACAUUUGAAGAUAGUGAGAUAUAUCCUCUCAAAGAAAACAGUUGAUGUAAACAUUACAGGACACUGUACCAGGACAGCAGUGAUGGUGGCAGCAAGGUUUGGACAUCGGAAAGUGUUUGACGUACUUGUGAAGAACGGAAGUGACCUUUCAACUGUUGAUUCAGAUGGUAACAACAGUCUCCACACCGCCUGUAUCGGAGGACAUGUGGAGAUCGUGAAAUAUAUCCUCAACAACGUCAGUGUUGAUAUUAACAGCAGGGGGCACAACGGAAAGACACCACUGAUGUUUGCAAUAAACUUUGGUCAUGUACGAGUCUUUGAGCUGCUUGUAAGUAACGGAUGCAUCUUGCAUCUCGAGACUUGA